UUUGACUGAGUCUCCUCCGUCUCACUCUACAUCUUCCUCCGCCAGGUCGACGCCCACCCGACUGCAGGGUCACACAGCUGCAGAUUCACUAAACUAUGACGUCCAGACCUUCGGGUCGUCGCUGCCUGUCAAAGUGAUGGAGGCACUGACGAUGGCUGACGCCGACGACCAGAUCUCAGUGAAGGUGAAUGAGAGCGGCUGGGCCUGGAUGGUUUGUGGAGAGAGACUGAUCAUCUGGAAGAUCUGUCAGACGGCUGUGGCCAAGCUGUCGGUGUGUAAGGAGCUGCAGCUGCCUGGCAGCGAGUACAGUUACACAGCCGAUCUCGUGGCCGUCGCGUCCACCUCCCCUCUGGAGACGGCCUCUGUUCAGUCCAUCUCCGUUCUGGCGGUGGCCACAGAGGGAACAGCUCGUUUCUGGCCCAGCCUGGCUCAGGAAGGCAACUACACAGAGACAGACCUGGACCUGGGAGAUCUCUGCCACUGUGUCGUCGCAGUCAGAGGUGGAAGCUUUGUCUUGUCCUCAGUGAAGAAUCGGCUGUUGAGAGCGAGCACAGACGCCUCAGGGAAGCUGCAGUACCGAGCUCUGCAGCAGGGUCAGGGCGUGUUGUCUGGCAUCGGACGCCGCGUCUCCAGCCUGUUUGGCAUCCUCUCCCCGCCGGCCAACGACACACUCCACAGUGUGCAGUGGGAGAGCAGAGCCAGCUGCCUGUACACGCUGACCAGCUCCAGCCUCAACAAGUGGGAGAUGGACGACAGCUGGGAGCAUCAGACCCUCAGCUGGGACGCCCACAGAGCUCUGACGGAGAGCAUCACCGACGCCAUCUGGGGCUCAGAGAGCAACUACGAGGAGAUGAAGGAGGGGGCGAAUGUGACCUAUCUGGAUAUGAAGCUCAGCCAAGCCGGCCUGGUGGUUUUGGCUGCAGCCUGGCACCCGUCAGACACUCCCUGCUUGGCCUACUUCUGCCUGGUGACCCUCCAGGACAACGGAGCCGCCAUCUGCGACCAGUUUACUGUGGAGGUCACCAAAUACAACCCUCCAUUCCAGAGCGAAGACGCCCUGCAGGCCACACGGCUGGUGUUGCCGCCGUCUCCUGGCUCCAUCGCCUACCUCUACAACGAGGACCUGGUGUUCGCCUGCUCGACGGGAACCAGCGGGGCGGGACUUCCUGAUGAGAAGAUCAGCUUUAGCUCACCAGGUGACGGCGUACGCGGGGGAGGCUGCUGCGCCAACCUGCCGGUGUUUUUCUCCCAGAACAGCGGCCUGGUGGCGGUGGUGGCCCGGGAGAGCGCCUCCAUCCUGCCGGAGACCAUGGAGGACUCGCUGUGCUCCUCGCUGGCCGCAGCUCCGGAGGUUUCAGCCAUGGAGACUCCGACCAGAGGAGAACCUGUCGCUCAGGAGGACAAAACCAAACUCCUGAAGACGGCCUUCCUGCAGUUCUGUCGUAACGACCUGGUUGGGGCUCAGACGGUCACAGACGAGCUCUUCCCUGCUGACGGGGACGGAGAGGAGGGGGCAGAGCUGGACAGCGUUGUGAUUCAGAUCAACCUGGACCUGGUGGAUGAUUACCCGGCGUCCGACCCCCGCUGGGCUGAAUCUGUCCCCGACGAGAGCGUCGGGUUUCCCCUCACGUCCCUCAUCAUCCUCCACCAGCUGGAGGACAAGAUGAAGGCCCACGGCUGCUUCAUGGACUUCCUGCUCCAGGUCGGUCUGCUGGACCGGCUUGGUCAGGUGACGGUGCGUUCAACUCCCAUGGCGACCCGCCUGCUGCUGUGUGAACAUGCAGAGAAGCUGCAGGCGGCCAUGGUGCUGAAGAACCACCACACCAAGCACGCCGAGCUGGUGAACAGAGCCAUCGGCACCGCGCUGCAGAGGAACAACGCCGCCGUGCCGCCGAGCCUCACGGCUGCUGAUGUCUUCUUCAGAGAGGUGUCUCAGAUCUCCUCCGUGUUCGACUGUCUGCUGGAGGAGGAGGAGCGGAGUCUGAAGGAGAACCAGGUGGACUCGGUGCAGUGGGCCGAGGUGGUCCUCACCGUCAACAACAUCAUCAAGGACAUGCUUCAGGCUGCUGGUCAGUACAGAGACACCAAGUCCUCCACAUACAGAGCUCCUGAAAAAGCUGCUGCUGAGCCCGAGUACAUCCCGUGGACAGCGUCCGGCGGCGUGGGCGGCGUUCGCACUGUCAUUUCCCGCCAACACGAGAUCAUCCUGCGCUCCGUGUACCCCCAUGCUGACUCGGCGCUCCGCAGCGCCCUGUGUGAGCAGCUGGUGGCGCUCUUGGACAUCUACCUGAGUGGCUGUGUGGCCCAGCUGACCUCCGUGCAGCAGCAGAGGCCCCCGGGGGCCCAACAGGAGCGCUACAACAGCCUUGAGAUGGAGUACGCCCAGCGCCGCUCCGAGCUACUGCAGCCACUGUUGGAGCUGGGUCAGUACCAGUGGGUGGCAGCACUGGCUGAGAAAUACUGUGACUUCGACAUCCUGGUGCAGAUGUGCGAGCAGACCGACAACCAGAGCCGCCUGCAGCACUACAUGGCCAAGUUCGCUGACCAGAACUUUGCUGACUUCCUGUUCCGUUGGUACAUGGAGAAGGGGAAGAGGGGGAAGCUGCUGUCCCAGCCGGCCGCUCAGCACCAGCAGCUGUCCAGCUUCCUGCAGGCUCACCAGCACCUGAGCUGGCUGCACCACAUCCACGUCCAUGACUACCACAGU